AUGAUUUGUUCACCUGUUCUGUUCAUCUUCUGUUCCAGACACUGGCUGGCCACCUCUUUUGUGAUUUGGUAUGGCGUUCCCUACAUGUCAUACGACAUCUUCGCCAUGUACCUCAGCCAUUACUAUCGCUUCCGGGUCAAAGGUCACAAGGACUAUAAAAGCCACUCUCUACGAACCGUCAACUCAUUUGUGAGGAAAGAGUUCCUGCUGGUGCUCCAUCACAUUGCUCUACUCACCAUCCUACUGCCUGUGACUCUGUUCUUCAGGAAGGAUCAGGGUGAUUACUUCAUUGGCUGCCUCUUCCUCACAGAGCUCAGCACUCCUUUUGUUUCACUGGGUAAAAUCCUCAUUCAGCUGGGGAUGCAGGACUGCUGGCUGCACAAGGUUAAUGGUGGCAUGGUGCUGCUGAGUUUCUUCAUGUGCCGCAUUGCACUCUUCCCCUACAUGUACUGGGCCUACGGCUCCCACUACGGCAUCCCGCUCUACAGCGUUCCCUUCCAUCUGCCGCUCUCCACCAAAUUGGGCAGCCUCUGCAUCCUGGCACCGCAGGUCUACUGGUUCGUCCUCCUCUGCCGUAAAGGCUUCCGACUCUACAAGCGGCAGCGGGAUGCGCAAAACCAGGUCUCUCCGCUGUCCUCGCCCGAGCCGGUCUCAGAUAUCUCCAAGGCUGAUUAGUGAAGGUCUGUCUUUAUCUAGAACAAACAAUCAACCGACAUCACAGCUGAAGGCUAUGGCACUGCAUCUACUACUGUUACAGUACAACCAAGACUUCAUGUUAGAAACACCCUUAUUACUCCUCUUCACUUUACUUCAUUCCACGCGCACACUUACAUUUACACACGGGGCCGUAACAAUGCCACCACACUGGAUUUACUACAGUGACUUCUAAGGAGCACCUUUUAGGUCAGUUAUCGAGGGCCGUAACCCUCUUUUCUUUCUCUGAUUGGAGUAUCUGUUACAGUUUGGACUGGUGUCUUUGAAUGUCAUUGGAAUUAUCUGUUACUUUAGUUUUUUUUGGUUUUGUCCCAUGUGAAAUGCUGUCCCUGUAUACUUGAAGUACAAAAAUACACUGGUUUAAACUAGGGAAUUUAUUAUGCGUGUGGCACAGCCAUCAUGAUAAAUUCAUUGGAUUAAACCCCAGUAUUUCAGAUCACAUCCCACUCGGCUCAAAGCUCCGAUCACAUGGUAAGCAUUUCCAUGGCUGCAGUGCUGCUGUUCUUGUUUACAGCUCAUUAGAGUUCUGUGUGUUUGCACACACACUGCCCUGCUGUGACUGUUUACACUUCUCUACCACACACCGCCCUUUUCACUCUGAAGGCUGCUAAUGAAUUCUGCUUCGCUUUGUGCACCUUUUGAGCAUCCAAAGUCCUCCCAUCCACAUGAGGGCAGUAGAGAGUCGGUCCUUAUGCUUAUAUGGCAUAGACAAGACUUAAGUCUAUAGAGGGAUGAGGUCUUUGCAGGGUACAAAGAGCAAGCACAUAAUGCUUGGCUUUUAGGCCACAUGAUUUCCAGGCAGUAGUCAAAGCAAUAACACGGGGCUUCAGAGCAAUGGAUUGUGGGUAGGUGGAUAGCCCAUGUGAACACAUGGGUAAAGAUAGAAAAGUUGCAUGACAGCCUACUCCGAAAACUAAUCUUUGUAUAUCUAAAGUAUGUAAUACUGGGUUCCUACAGUCUUGAGAAGAAGGAAAAUGUCAGGGAAUUAUACAUUUGAGAUUGAGAUGUGUGGAAAAAGUCAUAAGAAGUCUUUAAAAUUCAUCAUGUCUCUAGUCAGUACAAUUUUUGUUGCUCUUUGGCUGAAUAUUUUUUUGGCUAGAUGUCACUUUUUAUGAUUACUAUGUCUACUAAACAAUUUCUAGAAAACUGUAUCCAGAAAAGACGCUGACAUUCAAUGGUCAAAAGGUUUGGGAUCCCUGGUAAUGGUGUUUGUGAGUUUGAAGUGUGAAAUGCUCUUGACGCGGGCAUGAAUUUUUAUCUUUCUGUUAACUGAGCCUACAGUUUGAGUUGUAAAUACAUUCUAUUUAAUUCUACAUUGAUGAAUAUUGCAGUAUAAAAGGGUGAUUUGCUGUUGCCUAGGGUCAUUUUUAGGGAUAAUCUGUGGCUUAUAAGAGCUUGUGUACGUGUAGGCUUAGCAAGGAACUCAGAAGCCUUUGUUUCAGGGCUUUUAACACAACCUGCAGCAUCUUUCAUAAUACAUUUAUUGAAUGCUGGAUGUCGUAUGAAUGCAGUUCGUUUUUUUUUUUUUACAGUGACUUCCAGAUUCCAUUAAGCACUUUCAGAAGUGCAGAACUGUCAGAUUAAAAUGUUGCUCUGUUCGUACCCAUGCACUCUUAUUUAGUGUUUCUGAGACAAACUGGACCUAAAGGUUGCCUUUAGCAAAUGUGUGUGUGUGUGUGUGUGUGUGAGAGACAGAGAGAAGACUUAUAAAACAGUGUGUAUAAGCUCCCAGCUCACUCUCGGGGUGAACGGGGUCUUUGCUGGACUGAAAGAGAGAGAAUGUGUGUUUUGCUCUCCCUUUCUAAAGCUUUAGUACUUUUCAAAACUAACUAUGCAGUCUUUCAAGCUGCUGUUUAUUGUCUAUGGCAACACUAUGAUUUCCUUAGUUUUGUUGAAGUGGAAUGCAUUUGGCAGAUGAUUUAGCCAUAUUAAUCAUAAUGCAUGUUAUUUCUGAUAUUUUUGUUGUUGUUGUAUUUUUUGUUGAUGCUUUUCUCCAUUGUUUUAG